AUUCGUCUAGGGGCCUACACCGUCCAUAGACAUAGUCUAGUUAGAGGCAGUUGAUCUAUCUAACUUCGCAAAAUAAAGGAGAUCUACCCUGAUUGGACUCCAAAAAGAUCUCAGCAUUACUCAUCUCAUCAUCUCACCAUCACUCAUCUCAGCAUGCCAACUAAAAGGAGACCUAAGUCAGCGAAAGGAACAGCAGAUAUGCCAGACACUGGCAGGACCCCCUCAGCUUCUGGGGAUGCCCCAGCACCCAGACAACCUGUUUCUACAUUAUCCCAGAAGGGGUGUAACACUACAAUGAGGAGCCUUUUUGGAUUUGAUAUCUCAGAUAUUAGUUCAUGGAGUUCCAUCGUAAAGCUCAUGAAUUCUCCUCAGGAUCCAGCAUCUAUUGCAAUAUGGAGAAUAUUAUUUGGCCUGGUUAUGAUGUUAGACAUACCACAAGAACGAGGUAUGGCGUACGCAGACUAUCGAUGGGGAGAUCCCAACGAAUGCCGCUUUCCGCUUUUCAAUGCACUUAAACCGCUACCUGUUGAUUGGAUGUACGUGGUAUAUUUGACAAUGUAUAUAGGUGCAUUUGGUAUAUUUCUUGGAGCCUUUUAUCGGCUGAGCUGUCUCCUCUUCUGUAUCCCAUACUGGUAUAUCUUCUUCUUAGACAAGACAACAUGGAAUAAUCAUUCAUAUUUGUAUGGCCUGAUCAGUUUUCAGCUCAUCUUCAUGGAUGCAAAUCGGUUCUGGUCUGUUGAUGCCUUGCUGAAUCCAAAAAUAAGAAAUGCCAAUGUACCUCUCUGGAAUGUUGCUAUCAUUCGCUUUCAGAUCUUUGUGGUAUAUUUCUACGCUGGUCUAAAGAAAUUGGAUGCGGACUGGAUAGGAGGCUAUUCAAUGGAGUAUUUGUCAAAGCAUUGGAUAUUUGAACCGUUCAGGUUGAUGCUAACAGAUGAAGAGAUUGAUUACCUCAUCGUUCAUCUUGGUGGCUUCAUCUUGGAUCUAUCAGCAGGCUUCCUUCUUUUCUUUGAUGCUACUCGUCUCUUCGCUACUUUCUUCUGCUCCUCCUUUCACAUUAUGAACUCACAGAUCUUCAGCAUAGGUAUGUUCCCCUAUGCCAUGCUAGCAUCAACGACUGUAUUCUUCUCUCCAUCUUGGCCGAGAUCAUUCUGUAGUAUACUCCCUAUCUACGUGAAAAACAAUAUCCCAUCGGUCAGCUUCUCUGCUACCAUCCAGCCGAGUGAAAAUUGCAUCUAUCCUCCUCCAAAGAAAGAAAAUAAAAAGAAAAACGAUCCUUGCAAUGUCAAGAGGAACAGUAAAAUGAGCUGGAAACAUCAAUCAACAGUGAUAGGAAUAAUCAUCUAUGUAUGCGUCCAACUGUUCAUGCCUUACUCACAUUUCAUUACAAAGGGAUAUAACAACUGGACCAAUGGUCUCUAUGGCUAUUCUUGGGAUAUGAUGGUUCAUUCCUGGCAUACUCAACAUGUUAAACUCAAAUAUAUCGAUGGAAAGACUGGUAACGAAGGCUAUUUAUCACCAGAUUAUUGGACAGAGAGCAAUCGUUGGGCAGGUCACAGUGAUAUGACUAAGCAGUAUGCCACAUGCAUCGCUCAUCAUCUCAAAGAUAUGGGUCUCUCUGAACCUCAGCUCUACAUGGAUGUAUGGAAAUCAAUGAAUGGGCGGUUCCAGCAACGGGUGUUCAACCCUAACAUGGAUCUGGUGAGGGCGGAUUGGUCCCCCUUCAGUGCCACGCCCUGGAUAAUGCCCCUCUUAACGGAGCUCUCUGAUUGGAGGAUUAAACUCACAGAGAUUGAAGAUCAGCUGGAUGAUGAGCUCGAUAUCACUUUUGUAGCGGAUUUUCCUGGUUUAUACCUUGAGAAUUUCAUAAGUGAAGAUCUUGGGAAUACAACCAUCCAGGUUCUUAGUGGUUCAGUCAUGGUGGAGUUGGUAGAAAGAAAACGAAAUAUCACUCUUCACAUUGGAGAUCGGAUACAGUUGCCAGCAGGAGACUUUCAUAACGUGCACACAGUGUCGGACACCCCAUCCUGCUACAUGUAUGUCUUUGUCAAUACCACUGAGCAAGCAAUCGUACGCCAAGCAGCAGACUUCUUUAAUAAGCAUGAGAUUGAAAUAGAGGACACCGAGACAUUGGAAAACACAAACAUCGAUCCUAAAAUAUUUGAAGGAUUGUCAGAUGCCGUCAAAGUGCGUAUCUUGGAGAAAGUCAGUGCCAAGAUUGAAAAGAAUGAGCAAGCAAGUAGAACCAUCCCAGAGAAGGCCCAGAUGUUCCUGGAUAAAAAGAAACUGAUAUUUCACAGGACGAUUGUGAAGACCAUGCAAGCUCUGAAUCACAUUAUUCUUGGAGGGGAGUCUGUUGUUCUGAAUGAUCAUCACACCUCAGACAGAACAGGACAGGAAAAUCAUAAAACCCAUGUUGAACUUUGACAAUAAACUCAAAUUAAUGAGCAGAUAGUACCCGAGUUAAAGAUGUGCUUGCUUACAGAAAAAUAACGGAACCCCAAAAUUCCCUUUUAACAAAAAACCUUUUCCAUGGACAUACUAAUUCCAUUUCAGUGUUUGAGCCUACAUUUUCCCCUUCUUUUUUAUUUAUAUAUAUUUUUUUUAAUUGAUGUCUGACUUUGAUGUCUGAGUUCCAUUGGAUUUUAAUAGUAAUGACACACAUGCCACUGGCUCCCACACCACCCCCCUCUCCUUCUAGGACCCGCUAGGAUUUAUUCCUUGAAUGCUUUAACGCCUCUAUGGUGGCUCAGCUACAGCCGGGGUAAUAAUAUGCUACCAAGUAUCAAGCGCAGUAGAGUAUAUGCAAUUAUAGUAACUGCGCUAUGUAUAUGGACCAUAAUAUUAUUGUUAUUAGAAAUGGAACCAUUAUAUCAAUGGCCAUGAAUAGUGAAUAGAGUGAUCCAUUCGUAUCUGUUUAAGAAUUUAUUGUUCAUUUUUGUACACUUUACAUUUGACUAUUAUUUUUAUGCCUCUGCCUAGUAUCUCAAUAAUAAUAAUAAUAAUAAUAAUAGUAAUUAUACUUGCUUAUAUAGCACUUAGCACUUACUUUAUCAGAAGUGCUCUAAGUAAUGCAGCAUAAUUACCCUGGCUUUAGCAGAGCAUCUGUUGCGCACACUUCAUUUCAAGGAAUAAAUUCCGACCAUUCACCUCACCUGGGUUGGGUGCAGCACAAUGUGGGUAAAUUUCUUGCUGAAGGAAAACACGCCAUGGCUUGGAAUCGAACCAACAUCCCUCAGGUUGAAAGAUGACCGUCAUAACCGCUACACCACGAUGCUCCCAACCACAAUGGUAGUGUAGUGUUAUAUUUGGUUUGGUGCUGCUGCUGGUGUCAGUAACACCACCUGCAACAGAAUCAACAGAUUCUUGCAUAUAGGAGAAGUAGUUGCAAUUAAUGUGCUUCAAGUAAUAGCAGUAUUCUUGUUGAUUGUGUGCUAAGCACCGAUAAGUGUACAUCGGGUACUGAGCAAUAGCUAUGUGUGCUUUAUAUUGCAAAUAUGAAGAAAUUAAUCCUGAUAUACUCAAUGAAAUUUUAAAGGCUGAAUAAUUAAAAGAAUUUGAUUUUUUGGCCAUUUGAUUAUCUAUCCUCAUUAGCCACUGGCUGGAAUACUCCUUCGGGAGUGACGGAUGUGCAUAUGUAGGAGUCCGAGAACCGGGGUAAUGAUCAAUCUGUAAGCACUUAGAGAUGUACAAUUUAUGUCUUAAGGGCAUUUUAAAUAACCAGACUAAUAUAAUUAUUCUAAUGUAAAGAAAAUAAUUUACAUUUUUAUUAUAUUUUUAGUAUAAACAUACUCUAAUUAAAACUCUAAGAAAGAUAUAGAAUAUUGGGUGAAUGUCUGCCAGUAAUUUGACUUCCAGAGUAGGCCUAUAGGUAGAUUGGCCCCAAAUUGUUUGUAGAUUAAUGGCCAAAUAAUUAUUUGUUUGAAUGAUCAUUGAUGUAUGUUAUGAGAACAUUUGUCAAAAUUAAUGAGACUUAAGAUCUAAUCUGCCAUUAUUCUUGUAUCAUGUUAUUUAUUACAUGUAGAUGCAUUUUAUUGUGUUAUGAAAAUUUGGUCAAGUAAAGGGGCUUUCACAAUCGCUCUUACGAUCGUUUGCGAUCAUUUGGUCACAGUAUAUGUUGCACGCAAUCGCAACAGUUGUAAGCAGUCGCACCACCAAUUGUAAAAGGGGCUUUAGGGUUUUUUAUCGAGGCAGCCUUAAAUUUCAUAUAUUUUCUCCAUGGAUGUGAAAAUUUGUGUUAUUUAAAGUGAUCUUUAUCUUGCAAUGACACUAUACUGCCAAGAGCUGACCAAGUUGUUGUGGUUAUCGUUGUAUGACAUCAUACAUUGUCCGAUUAAUUAUUUGUAUUGUUAGUUUUGGAGUAGAUUUUCUUGUCAGUUGCUAUUGGACCUGAAGCUUUAAGCUCAAAUUAGCAAAGGGGGUUGUGAAUUGUGUUCUAAACCAUGGUUUAUGCAGAUUCAACGCAUUAAUUUCAUAUAAUGUAGCGGAAGUUGAGCUACAGCCCAGGUAUAAUGUGGGCUUUUAACACAGCACACGUAAACACUUAACAAGCCCACUGUUUAAACAAUCUACUGUUUAUGUUGACUAAUUACGUUAACAGUUGGCUCUUCAUUGCUGUAGCGAUAGUAACAGUUGUGAUUAAGCACAUUGUGAUAAAAGCGUUUAUUAAUCAUUUAGGCCCUUUUCCUAUAUCUGUACUUAAGUGUCCAUGUAAUGCAUGAAACCUGCGGAAACCAUGUUUCAGAUCACAGAUUAAAAAACACCUUGAUGUAUUCAGGUCAAAGUACUUAUAUUUUUCUCAUUGAUGUAUAAUUCUUUGUACUACCUUGAAAGAUUUUUGUUGGUCAGUCAGUGAAAUGUACCAAAGUGCUUUGCCUUGCCAUGUAUGUUAUCUUCAUGUUCAUUGUGUGCGACAGCAUCUUCGUGUGGAUUGUAAAAAUAUGUUGAAACCCUGUGGAACAAAUCAGGUGUAAUAUUUCGUUAAGAUACUGUGUCAGGUGAAUAUUUUUUUGUUUCCUAUUUGGAUGGUGAUUAAAAUAAACCUUCAAUCGUAGAGUUUGUUAACAUGUUCUUUAAAGCCA